GCCUCUUAUUAUAUUUCAAAUAUAUAUGCCAAAUGGAAUUCUUCUCCUGUCAUCAUAAGUUUCAGUCCAUUUGAUGCUGACCUCAGCAGCAUCCCGUUUCCUGCUGUAACAAUCUGCAACAUGAACCAGGUCAAGAAGACUGAAGCUCUCAAAAUAAAAGCAGAUGGGAAUCCAAUGGAACUGAAGCUCUUGAAUGACCUAUGUAACGGUAAUGAAGUCGAUACAUUGAGUACACCAUAUAAUUGGACUACCCUUCGAAAUUUUCUAAUACGAGUUGGAACUUCUUGUACUGACAUGAUGAAAGUGUGCGAAUGGUCCAGCGAUCCAAAAGACUGCGAUGAGCUGUUUAAUAACGAUUUGACCGAUGAAGGUUUAUGCUGCUCUUUCAAUCGACUUCCGCCGAACUAUAUCUUCAGGAAUCCGAAUUCCAUUUCUUUGCUGAACCAAACUUAUCCCAG